AUGACACCUCAUAUUCCUGAUCCCGCCGACUAUGGAAUAGGUCUUGAAUCUGGAUUUCUGCCUAACGAAGAGCCAACUCAAUGCCUUUCUGAGCCAUACCUCAGCACUUGGGAGGUCUUAGUCCAGAAUUUAUCUAUCCUGAUCAAAACUGGGGAGCUCCGAAAUCGAAUCGAUAGACUUGAAGUUCUAUCAACAGAGCCUUUGAGAACUACCUCGCAAUGGCAUAGAGCAUAUGUCUGCCUUGUCUUCUUAGCUAACGGCUAUGUCUGGUGUGGCAAAACCCCUUUGAAUAUUGUUCCACCUAGCAUCGCAGUUCCUUUGCUUCAGAUUUGUGAGAAUCUGGAAAUCCCGCCAAUAGCAACAUUUGCGGGUCUAUGUUUGUGGAACUAUCAACGCAUAUCCCAGACAGAGCCUCUGUACCGGCCUGAAAACUUGAGGUGCAUAAAUUCUUUCACCGGAUCACGCGACGAAGAAUGGUUCUACACGAUAUCUGUCGCUAUCGAAGCCUUAGGGGCCCCUGUGAUUGGGAAAGCAAUUCAAGCAAUCAAGGCCGCCUAUUCCGGCGAUUCUCACACCGUGAAAGGCUAUCUGAUCGAGAUCUCAGAAGUGAUCACCGAGGUUGGGAUUCUACUCGAUCGAAUGUAUGAAAAGUGCAAGCCGAGCACAUUUUACAACUCAAUUCGCCCUUUCCUCGCAGGAAGCGCCCGAAUGGAAGAAUUCCAAAUGGUGGAUGGCCUACUGUAUGAAGAUGGAUCUGGACGCGCUCAAUAUCAAUCAUACCGGGGUGGCAGUAACGCACAGAGCUCCCUCAUCCAACUUAUCGAUAUCAUUUUGGGGGUCAAGCACGGUCCACCGGGGGCGAGGGAUAAGACUACAAAGUGUCGAGAGUGUGAGUCCGUGAAGGCUCCAGGCUUCAUUGAGGAGAUGCGUGCAUACAUGCCGGGGUCACACCGUCGUUUCUUAGAAGACAUCUCUAACGUGGCCAACAUCAAAUCCUUUGUCGGAGCGAGAACCUCAGACAUCGCACUGCAAGAAGCAUAUGCAUCAUGCAUCAUGGGACUACGUCGAAUGCGAGACCAGCACAUGAAAAUAGCAAUCAACUCUCUCUGCCGCGCUGUACUCAACAAUAUUCUCCUUGAUGAGGUCGAAAAAAUCGCGCAAGUAGAUCUUUUCUUCAAUCAUAAGCUGACCAGCAUUGAUGUGGAGACCAAAACAGCCAGUUUUAUGUCUCCACGAGGGGUCAACAACGCAGACUCGUCUCAAAAAAAUGCACUAUUUGAUCUUCUGAUCGGUGCCGACGGAGCACAUUCUGCAACCAGGUCUUGUAUGGUUAAGUUUGCGCAAAUGAAUUAUCAGCAAACUUACAUCGAUUUGGAAUGGUGCGAGUUUCGAAUUGCCCCCUUGACGAAAGAGCAGUAUCGUCUAUCACCCAACCAUCUCCAUAUUUGGCCCAGUGAUGAUUCGAUGUUUAUUGCCCUUCCGAAUUCUGAUGGCUCGUUCAUGUGUACUUUGUUCGCGACGCCAACUACUUUCCAUGAAUUGGGAAAACUGCCGGAGCUCAUCGUCCCUUUCUUCAACCGUCACUUCCCCGGGGUGUGUCCCGGUCUCAUCUCUAGGGAAAGUAUGCUCAGUCAGUUCCAGGGGGCUUCGCAUUUGCCUCUAUUUGGUGUCAAGUGUAGCCCUUAUCAUUUUCGAGGUAGUGUCGUUUUGGUUGGGGAUGCCGCUCAUGUGAUGCUGCCCUUCUAUGGCCAAGGCCUCAAUUCUGGACUUGAGGACAUUCGCGUGCUAUUUGAAAUAUUCGAUAAGCACGGACUUUAUAACAAAUUCGAAUCUGACAGUGAUCGAGAAGAAGCUCGGGAACGUGCGCUCACUGCGUACACCGAGUUCAGGAAGCCGGAUGCUCAUGCCAUUCACGAUAUGUCGCGUCAGAACUACGAUGAGAUGCGGCUUCAUGUGAACUCCAUCUUCUACGUUUGGCGAAAGUCUAUAGAAGAGAAGCUUGAUAAGUAUGUGCCAUUCUUGGGCUGGGCUACCCAGUACUCUCGAGUUAGCUUUACAUGUUUGCGUUAUUCAAGUGUCAGAGAAGCAGCUGCCCGUCAAGGCGCCAUACUUGCCAUUUUACAUGGUAUAGCACUGGCUCUGUUUGCCCUUGCGAUACCCUUUUGGGUCCCGGCUUUCGCUACGAUGCUUUCGCAUGGAAUUUAG